AUGAUGUACAGGGCUUUUUCGAUAACCCUCUACGGGUCUACUCGGAGUUGGUAUCGCCAGCUUAAGCCAAAGUUGAUCGGCUCUUUUGCAGAGCUCAGCAGAUUAUUCCUUACUCAGUUCAUCUCUGGUAAGAAGAGUCGGAAGCCGACUACUCAUCUGUUCACCCUCAAGCAAGGGAACAAGGAGUCAUUGAAGGACUUCAUCGCCCGCUUCAAUGAAGAGGCGUUGUUAGUGGACGACUACGAUGACAACAUGGCACUUUCUACCAUGUUCAGCAAACUCAGGGAGGUCAUUAAGGAGAAAAGACCGAGGAACGAAGAGCCUCAAUCAUCUAGCAAGAAGCCAGACGAUCGAGCCUCUCAUAAUUGCCGACCGACUAGGAGGCUUGAGAGCAAGUUUCGCUCCUACACCCCCCUCAACACAUCUCCAGAGCAUAUCUUGUUAGAUAUCAGGGACCAGAAACCCCUGCAAUGGCCAAUUUGCAUGAAGGUCGACACGGAUCAGCGAGAUAAGCGCAAAUACUGCUGUUUCCAUCGGGACCACGGUCAUAAUACCAACAACUGCGUGAAUCUCAAAGAUGAAAUCGAGACUCUCAUCCGCAAAAGCCAUCUACGGCGGUACAUUAAAGAAGAUAAGUCGACCCGGAGGGAAGACCGGGGGAAAGACCAGCCAAGCAAGACCACGGAAGAGCCUACAGAUAUCCGCACGAUCUAUGGUAGUUCGUCUGGAGGGGGCGACUUGAAUAGGGCUCACAAAGCCUAUUCUAGGAACUCAGACCCCAAGCAUUACAUCCACUUGACAGAAAGGCCAAGGAAAGAACUCCGAGUAAGCCCCUGCAGCUUGAACUUUACAGAGGAUGAUGUGCGCGGAAUUCAGCAUCCACACGACGAUGCCCUGGUGGUGGUGAUGACUAUAGCUAGGUCAACCACAUAUUGGUCGACAUUGGCAGCUCAGCCGACAUCAUCUACUCCGAGGCCUUCGAAAGAAUGGGGAUCGACAGGUAAUGCCUCCAACCUGUGA